AUGUCGCCCGAUCAUGGAUCGUCGCGGUCGCGACGAGGAGUCUGGAGUCACUGGGUUCCUCUCGCAGUUACACUUACAGUUGCGACUGUAGGCGUCGCUGCCUGGGUAUGGAGCCAGCGUAAGGACGGAGAUGAGGAGGACGACCGCGGUCUUGAUUAUGGGCAUCAACCCCGGGGAGGCGACAAUCAACCAUACGGUACCCGCGAUGUCGGCUCGCGUGAUAUGCAAGCAUCAGAGAAACCACCACGACCUGAUGAUCAAAGCCACGGAAUUGCGCAUGCGGACGAAGGAGCAAACAGUGGAGGCUGGGGUUCGCGCGUGUCUGGUGCUCUGCGACGAACACCGAGCCCGCAGCAGUUCUUCGAUUCGACAGGUAAGACUGUGGCGGCUGGUGUCGCAGCUGCGAGUGCAGCUAUGGGCAAGGCUUUAGCUUCCAUUCGCGAGGAGGACAAGAGCCCCUUAGACGAUACCAAUCCCUGGCAAGAGGAAGAAGAUGCUAAGAAUGAACGAGCGCCCGCCGAUACGUCUUCGCCACUCGCCGGCGGCAGUAGACGACGCAAGACGGUUGCGAUUGUGGUAUCCGCCGAGACAGGCGCCGUGCCUGAAGAGGAGGAUGGCUUUCACGAGCACGCUGUAAGCAGACAAGGCAAUGCCUAUGUUCCUCCCACUGACGUACAGCAGUCUAUACUCUCCCACAUCCCCCGACACAUCGACCAUUCCAAGGUCAAGCUAUUUGUUCUGAUCUACGCCCCUGGUUUGAAGGAACCCACCUUGGAUAGUGCUAAUAGUAACCUUCCGCCAACGUCGCUGAGCUCUUCAUUUUCUAACAUUGGACACGAUCAAGUUCAAACUCCCGCCGAAGAAUCGAAGAACCAGCUGUAUGCUUUUCGUGCUUUGGAAUCACAGUAUAUGCUGACCAGUCUUAGCGAAUCCGCAAGCCCUGCCUACAACUCAAUCUAUUCGCAGGCCCUGGGCUUGGUUGAGAAGGAAACCAUGGUUCUCCCUUUUACGACACCUAAUGGCCAUGUUCAUAUCUUGCGACACCUUCAACCAGAAGUUAUCUAUCUCCAGAAGGCUCUUUCUGGUCAAGAUGGCAGUAUCAUCACGACCCUUCAGACCUGGCUUCGUCAUGACGUCAUCUUGGUUGUUGGCGCAGAUGGUGGUUCUGGUGGUUUAGCAGAUAGCGAAUCCGAGGCUGAGAGAUCCAGUAAUAAGAAGGAGUGGUGGCAGCGACCCGAAAGAGUUGGAAGAGGACGUGGAGUUGUGGUCGUUGAUAGUAACAGGCUAAAUGAUGAUUGGGCGCGUCGAGUCCAGGGACGUGAGUAA